AUGACAGUCUGGGAGGUAGUUGUGAUUCUUGUUCAUGGUAGUGACUCUGUCAGGUGUGAAGUCAGAUGCCGUAUAGAUUCUGGACAACCAGGAAGUCCAAGCCACAAUGAUCCUGCCAAGAAUCCACCAGUGUAUCUUGAAGACAGUUUUGUGAAAUCAGGAGUGUUCAACGUGUCAGAACUUGUGAGGGUGUCCAGAACACCCAUAACCCAGGGAACUGGAGUGAACUUCCCAAUUGGAGAGCUUCCAAGCCAGCCAUAUUACCAUGAUAUGAAUUCGGGUGUAAAUCUACAGAGAUCCUUGUCCUCUCCACCAAGCAGCAAAAGACCCAAAACUAUCUCCAUAGAUGAAAAUAUGGAGCCAAGCCCGACAGGAGACUUUUAUCCUUCUCCAAAUUCACCAGCUGCGGGGAGUCGGACAUGGCAUGAAAGAGAUCAAGAUAUGUCUUCUCCUACAAUGAAGAAACCUGAAAAGCCUUUGUUUAGUCCUACUUCUCCCCAGGAUUCUUCACCAAGACUGAGCACUUUUCCCCAGCAUCACCACCCAGGAAUCCCAGGAGUUGCACACAGUGUCAUCUCAACUAGAACUCCACCUCCACCUUCACCAUUGCCAUUUCCAGCACAAGCUAUUCUCCCUCCUGCCCCAUCUAGCUACUUCUCUCAUCCAACGAUCAGAUAUCCUCCCCACCUGAAUCCUCAGGAUACUCUGAAGAAUUAUGUACCUUCUUAUGACCCGUCCAGCCCGCAGACUAGCCAG